UCCGCCGCGGGGAGGAGGACGCUGAGGAGGCGCCGAGCCGCGUAGCGCUGCGGGGGAGGCGCCCGCGCCGUCGCGGGGCCCAUGGCCAGGACCACCAGCCAGCUGGUGGAGGAUCGAUGUGCAUCACGUGGCUUUUGUGAAGAUAAAGACAUAGAGACAGAUAAAUAAAGAUCCAGAGGGAUCUGAGGGACAUCAGUAAAGAACGAUCCAGAGGGAUCUGAGGGACAUCAGUAAAGAAAGAUCCAGAGGGAUCCGAGGGACAUCAGUCAACCCUCUUCCCCCAAAUUCAACUCCUCCUCCGCUGGGCACUGACUCAGACGCAAGAGCCCUGGGAAGCCACCCGAGGUCCCCGGCUGUGGCUUCUCCCCCAGAUGCUCACAGUGGCCUCCAGAAACCUAGUGAGUCAUCUCACCGCUCCACGUCCUCAUCUGCCCAGUGCAGUACUGUCCUGCCACCAGCUGGUUAAGGACUAUGAGUAUGAUACCGUUCCUAUUCAGUCCAGCGUGGUGUUAUGUUCCUGCCCAUCCCCAUCAAUGGUGAGGACCCAGACUGAAUCCGGCACGGCCCCUGGCGUUCCUGGCGGUGGUACCAGGCAGGGCCCCACCAUGGACAGCACCACAGCUGAGUCCAGGCCGAGUGCCAACUCCUUGCAACAUGCUGCACAGCCACCACCACAGCCUCGGAAGAAACGGCCUGAAGACUUCAAAUUCGGGAAAAUUCUUGGUGAAGGCUCUUUUUCAACAGUUGUCCUGGCCCGAGAACUGGCAACCUCAAGAGAAUAUGCUAUUAAAAUUCUAGAGAAACGUCACAUUAUCAAAGAGAACAAGGUCCCGUAUGUAACCAGAGAGAGAGACGUGAUGUCGCGCCUGGAUCACCCCUUCUUUGUUAAACUUUACUUCACGUUUCAGGAUGAUGAAAAGCUGUAUUUUGGCCUUAGUUAUGCCAAAAAUGGAGAGCUACUUAAAUACAUUCGCAAAAUCGGUUCGUUCGAUGAGACGUGUACCCGAUUUUACACGGCUGAGAUGGUGUCUGCCCUGGAGUACUUGCACGGCAGGGGUGUCGUCCACAGGGACCUGAAACCAGAAAACAUUUUGUUAAAUGAAGAUAUGCACAUCCAGAUCACAGAUUUUGGAACUGCAAAAGUAUUAUCUCCCGAGAGUAAACAAGCCAGGGCCAACUCGUUUGUAGGAACAGCCCAGUAUGUUUCUCCAGAGCUGCUCACAGAGAAAUCGGCCUGUAAAAGUUCAGACCUUUGGGCUCUUGGAUGCAUAAUAUACCAGCUUGUGGCAGGACUGCCACCAUUCCGAGCCGGAAACGAAUAUCUUAUAUUUCAGAAGAUCAUUAAAUUGGAAUAUGACUUUCCUGAAAAAUUCUUCCCUAAGGCAAGAGACCUUGUGGAAAAGCUUUUGGUUUUAGAUGCCACAAAGCGAUUAGGCUGUGAAGAAAUGGAAGGAUACGGCCCUCUGAAAGCCCAUCCAUUCUUUGAGUCCAUCACGUGGGAGAAUCUGCACCAUCAGACGCCUCCAAAGCUCACAGCUUACUUACCAGCCAUGUCGGAAGAUGAUGAAGACUGCUAUGGCAACUACGACAAUCUCCUGAGCCAGUUUGGCUGCAUGCAGGUGUCAUCGUCAUCGUCCUCCCACUCCUUGUCUGCCUCGGACGCAGCUCUGCCGCAGAGGGCGGGCAGCAACAUUGAGCAGUAUAUCCAUGACCUGGACACUAAUUCUUUUGAACUGGACUUACAAUUUUCUGAAGAUGAGAAGAGGUUAUUAUUGGAGAAGCAGGCCAGUGGAAACCCGUGGCAUCAGUUUGUAGAAAAUAAUUUAAUACUAAAAAUGGGUCCAGUAGAUAAGCGAAAGGGUUUAUUUGCACGACGACGACAGUUACUACUCACAGAAGGGCCACACUUAUAUUAUGUUGAUCCUGUCAACAAAGUCCUGAAAGGUGAAAUUCCAUGGUCACAAGAACUCCGACCAGAGGCCAAGAAUUUUAAAACCUUCUUUGUCCACACGCCAAACAGGACAUAUUACCUGAUGGACCCGAGCGGGAAUGCUCACAAAUGGUGCAAAAAGAUCCAGGAGGUGUGGAGGCACAGAUACCAGAGCCACCCAGAUGCCGCUGUGCAGUGACACGCCCAGAGCUGCUGCACUCGCUGCCAGGACACGUGCCCCAGCGCGGCUCGCCGCCAUCGGGACGCUUCCAGACCACCUGCCAGCCAUCUCAAGGGGGACGCAGACAGCGGAACCUUGCAGCUUUUUUAUUUAAAAGAAAAGAAGAAAAAAAUACCCAACCACACGAAGAACAAAACCAAUAAUGAAAAGGAAUUCAGGGUCGCUUUGCUUGCUCUCUGUGCUCUGUGGAGGCUUCCCGUGCUCCCUUGCUGUGGGGACGCAGCGCCGUGCACGUCUGCCCCAUUCCUGCCCGGCCUAGUAGACUAGUGGACAGAGUCGAGUCACCAGCUCUCCACCACACACCCUGCUCACCUGCUGGGCCUGCUGUGGCCGAGGGGAUGAGGCGUGUCUCUGGGCUCAUUCUGCCCCUGUAUUCUCAUGGAACUGCUCACCAGGGAGCUGUGUGUGCCUCUGCUGGGGGUGGCCCCCGGGCUCCAUACAUUGAGGGGGGUCUUGGCUUUUCUCCUUGUGCUCCUUUUCUUGUGUCCCUAGUUUAUGGCCCAUCCCCGUGCCCCUGUAGGCCCGUUGCUUACCUCCUCGAGUAACUCUGGCUGUGGGAUUUCUGUGGUUCUUGCUGUGUGUCUGCAAGUACUCCACAUGUUGCUUCUGCCAGGCAGGCUCCAGGAGGUGAGAAGCAGAACAGGUUGUCAAGGUGAAAUACGGAGCCGCUGCUGAAUUUGGAGGGUGCCAGCAAAGUGUUCACAUUUAUCAUCCUGCUGAGCAGUGUUGUCCUCCAUGGCUGGAAACCAAGCGCAUGUCUACAAGGAGCACUGUCAGAAGGGGGCCCAGUUAGCACCCAGUUGCUGCUGGAGACAGGGCUCUGCCCGGUCCCAUGUGAGGCCAGGCAGCAGGGCAGACUGGGCCUGGUGGGCCCCUCCUGCGAGUUUAUUUAAAAGGUGAAUUGUGCAGGCCUCCCACUGAUUCAUUGAUUGAUUACCUAGGGGCUGAGAGACCCCUGGUUUCAGCAAAUUGGACGGUACUCAGUCACAUCCAGGUGGCACAGAGGAGUGCAGGCUCCCGGCCGUCACACAUACCCUUGUGCGUGUUGUGACUGAAUGUUCUUGUAACCUAACUCAGAGCAUUUUUACAUCUCUACAGUGAAAAUCUAGAAGCCUUCUCAUGUUGCCAGGGCUUUGCCUGGAAAAAAAGUGUUACCUUGCAGGAGGGGCAGGAACACCACACUGAGCCGCGUGCCCCAGCCUUCUCUUCUCCAGUUUCAGGCUGGCUUCCUUUCCCUUUAGAGGCAGUGCCCUGCUGUGUCCUCACACAGUCCAGGAUUCACUAGUCCUUUAAUUUUUCUCUGCUGCUAUUUCCCAGACAGAGAGCUCCUGUCUGUCUGGUGGGGCUCAGCCACCCCUCUCCUGCCCAGGUUGGCCCUGGAGGGCUGUCCUCGGUCCCAAGUGGGAGAGGAGCAGGCACCACCCACGAGCUGCUCACAGACAUGUCUCUGUCCCUUGGGGAUGAACAACUUUGCCAUUUCUUUUAGACUUUCACAAAGGCACCAGCAAAAGGCUCACAAGAAGAGAUUCCUCCUGACUUCUUCUCUGCUCCCCAUCUCCUAUGUUGAAUGAAUCCGCCGUCACCCUGGGUGACCAGUGGUCCAAGUUGAGAGGAAAGGUGUCUUUCUCAAACUUUAGUGAUAAGAGCGGCUCUCCUUAAACUGGGGAAAAAGUUCAGAUGUGGGGGAUCCCAUUGUGCUUGGCAGUGAGAGGGGUCUGGAUGGGAGCAGAGGUGGUAGCCAAGUUUGCCAGUGCUUUCUGCUUAGGCCUUGUCCUCUGGCUCUGUAAGAGCUACACGAGGGGCCGGCCGAGGGGGAGAGUGUGUGUGUGUGUGUGUGUGUGUGUGUCUGUGUGUCUGUGUGUCUGUGUCUGUGUCUGUGGGGGUGCCAAGGUAUUGGGGGCGUGCCUGGCCUGGGGGUGUCCCAGAGACCAGAGCGUUGCCCUGGGCAUGUGGUCAGAAGUCAGGCUCCCUCUUUCCUCCUCCUUGCUUUUGAAAAGGCUUACCUGUGCUCACCUGCUUUUCACAAAGUGAGUCUCGCUCGUCCCUUUCUUUCAGGAGUUCGAUUUCAGGCUUACUCCCCGUGUUUAUAGUUCACCCUCCUCAGAACAUCCGUGUCUGGGUGUGCAGUUUGGAAGCCACUCUUGCACAGUGUCUUCCUAGGUGUCUGGUCACAGGGAAACAAGCAGAGCUCGUAUUUGGCUUUAACAAGAGCACUCAGCGGGGCUGCUCGGGGAGAGAUGAAUCUUGCAUCGCAUUCUUCCCUCUGGAUAGCGCCACUACCUCCUGGGCUUAACCGACAAGCUCCAUCUUAACCUGCAAAACCAGAGAAUAAGGGGUUCAGGGCUGAGCUAGCAGCUGACGGAGCUGAAGUGACUGCCCUUGCCUGAGCCAGUGACAGCUGAGCCCUUCUCUGUAGGUCACCUUUCUCUGCUCACUCAGAGUCCUCCUUUUUCUUUUUUUUUUUUUUUAGGCUCAUACAUACUCUUUCUUACCCUGUGCUUGCUCCUGUCGACUUUAGUUUUAUCCAGCUCAUCCUUAGAGCCAUCGUCCCAGCGUGCAGGUGCCUUACGUUCUAAGAUGUGGACGCAGGUGUCAGUCUGUGUGCAUACAUAGACAUAUGGAAAUAGAAAUGUGGAUUUAUCCAAGGCGAGAAAGAAAACGCCCUGUUUAAUAGGUCCAGGUGCCAUGUGUCUUCCUGAGAGAGGGCAAGGACAAGUGUAAAGGCCACACCAAGCCCCCGCCAAGCAGAGAGGAUCACAUCCCGUGUGGCCUGUCGUGGCAUGGAGGGGAGGGAAGGCUAUGGUCUCCACCUGCACGGAUAGCCCACUGUGCCUUGCCGCUCUCUGGGAACUUGAGGAAGCUGGCUUUGGUUGGGGGUGGUUUCCUUCCGUCUUUCUGUGAACCUGACCGGGGUGGUGGGCAGCUCCGUGUGGAGCACAGAGCCCCACCUUGUGAUUGGCACCACAGCAUGCCUGUCAUUCUGAACGGUGACUCUCCAGAGGCUUGUUAGAGACUUGCUUUGAGAAAGAUGGGGUCAUGCCGAAGCUGGUGGGAGCCACACCUACUCCAGCCCCCUAAGGCUACUCUUUGGUAUUUGUGGCCCAGGCCUGAAGGAAUUGCAGGUGAUGGUCCAUGGCACAGACGCCCCCCCCCCCCCAACACACCCCCCCAUGGCAGGGUGCCAGCACAGGGGGCUCCAGGUGACUCUGUACUUUCUUAAAACAUUUGUUUUGUGAAAAAAUCAACUGCAGGCUCACCACCCAGAAAAGACCCCUGUGAACAUUUUGGUGUAUAGCCUGCCCCCCGCCCCCCUUCACAAACAGUGGUUUCCUUUUUAAACUAAAUUGGGAACAUACAACAUACACCAUUUUGCAUCUAGCUUUUUUCACUUAACAUUUUGUCUUAAGCAUUUCCCCAUGUCAUGAACAAUGAUUCAAAAACAUUGUUUUUAAUUAUUGUAGUUUAAUGGCUAUACAUUUUAUCAUAAUUUAUCUGACCAUUUCCCUGUUGUAAAACAUUUAGAUGGUUUCUGAUUUUUCACUAUUUAAAUAAUGCUGCAAUGAAUAUCCUUAUAAAUCUUUGAUUUUUGACUCUGAUCCCCCCUGCCCCCAGUUUCUAGAAGUGGUAUUUUUGGGUCAAAGAGUUUGUUAGUUUUAAAGGUGGUAUUAAUCUCUCUUCCUCUGUCUUGAUCUGAUGCUUAGAUGCUCAGAGUUCUAGUACAGAACUUCCUUAUUUGUGUCCUACAGAUUCUGAACAAAUCUACUUCCGGUAAGCUGUGUGUUCCAAAGAAUGUUUGAAUAAGACUGGUCUUUUUUUUUUUAAUGCUAAAAUGAUGUCAUUACCGCAGUUCCUUUGUGACAGAUUUUUCCAAAAGCCAAUUUAUUUUCAUUGAAAGGAUCUGGUUAUGCUUGCAUGUUAGUUACCUUCCCAUCCCUGCUGCUGUGGCUUUCAAGUGCUUGGUAGUAUUUUCAGAAUCUUGUACUUUGUGUCCACAAUGGUACUGAAUUUGCAUCUGCACAGUCAGCAGAGAUAAAAAGUGUUGAACUGACCUUGCCACAUGCUUUUUGGAUGAUUUGUAGUUAAGUUCAUAGACUCAGAAAGUACAUUGGGCUAUUUGGAAUCAGUAAAAGAGCAAAGGCUGUACUUGAAAAAGAAACCACGUAGACAAUUGGGUUUCAGAGAAAUGUUAUUUGUCCCCAUGCUCUUCAAGUCGUGGGACUCUGUCAGAGUGUCUGAGCGGUUUGGUAGAGCCAAUAGCCAGGCUUUUUCACUAGAAUGUGACUGUCCUGUGGCCAGGCUUUUUCAUACAGUCUGCCUGUCCUGUGGCCAGGUUUCUCACUGCGGAGUGUGUCCUGGCUGCUGUGGGUUUAAGGGCUUCUCCCCUCUUCUCGCCCACAGGGUUGCAGGUUGCCUAGUUGUCUUCCAGUCCAGACCAUCCAAAUUUGGUUUCAUUCUUAAUUUCUCCACUUUAGUUUGGGGUCCAUUGAUUCUGAGGGGAAACAUGCAUGAGAGAUUUUCCUUCGUGCCAUGCUCAGUGCCACUUGACUCUGCCAGAGAUAUGGCUGAAUUGUGCAGAAUUAGGUCUCCUGCCUUCCUCUGAUACCCGAGCCCCUCUCCCUGGCAGGUCUACAGACUGCGGGGUGCUCACUGCCCAGACGCAGAGGCUGCAGCCGCUAGGAGGGUGUGGCGAAGGUACUAUUCUUGGAGAGUUUGCCAUAUACCUGUUUUUCCACAUUGCUUCUUUUCAUAUCCAAACCUAACAUGAACUGAUGGCGACUCAAGUGGAUGUGGCCCUUGGCUUUUAGGCAGCCUACAUGGCAAGUACCUUAAAUCAGGGCAGGAGGCAAUCCCAGAGCCUCUGAGGGGCACAGGCUGCCUGUGGAAAACUGGUCUGGGGAGGAAGCUGUUCCAGCAAAGGGCAGUUUUGUCUGUAGCUCAGACAGCUGUGGUGGACAACUGAAUGACCUGAAUUUUCCCCGUAACUCAUUUCUUCAGUAUGAGGAAACACCAAACUUUGUGUACAGAGAACUUUUUACAAAAGGCAAACCUUUUUUUAGCUGUGUAAUCCACCCUGGUCUAACCUAUCUGGCUGAAGAAUAGGGGCCAUUUUGCUGGUGAAAAGUCUCUAUCGUGAUCAUAAGUUUGAUUGGACGUUGGUAAAUUAAAUCCUUGCAGUAUUUAGAGCUGCUGUAGCUGUUCCUUAACAACAAAAUAGGAUGAGUCAAUAAAUAGUAUGUUAGCUGUCUUUCAGGUUGGUGGCAGUCAGUUAGAACAUGUGUAAUAUUCUCUACCUGGUCUGUAGCUGUAACUGUGAUGUACAGGCAAAGCAAAAAUUUAAAAAACUUAUGAAAACAAAUAAUGCAAUGAUAUUAGAAUAUACACUUUUGUAUUUUUAUUCUUAUAUAAGGUUAUUUGCUGGCUAUUGUUGGCCUCUAGUUCAGUCUGUGUUAUUUAAAAUCUAAUAUAUGAAUUAUUUGGAUUGAAUUCAUGUUCGGGGCCACGUUGUUGUAUGUAUUGAUGUACAGCCUUGAAUGUGAAUAAUUAUUGUAAACUAUAUUUUACAACUUUUUUUCUGGCUUUAUUAUAUAAAUUUUCUAUUUGGUCAAUGAUUUAAUCAUAUAAUUUAAUGAAUAUGUUUAUUCUCUUUUUUUCAAAUAUUUGUGCUUUAGAUGUAGUUACAGGAUGAUGAAUUUUCCACGUAUGCUCGGUAGUCUUAUAAUAAAAAAAGCAUGUAGAGUGUA